UCAUGCUGCUGCCAGGUCCAGAGUGUCUCAUGGGUCCCUGUACGGCCUCCCAUUGCUGCUGUCUCCAUCGCCACACUCUGCCAUGUGCCACUUUCAGGUCUCCUCACACUGCUGGUGGGUUCCAUUUUGUCAUAGGGUGCUGGCAGAUUACGGGCCUCCCAUUGCUGCUGCCAGGCCCGUAAUCUGCCAUGGGCCCCCGUACCGCCUCCUCAUGCUGCUGCCAGGUCCAGAGUCUCUCAUGGGUCCCUGUACGGCCCUCCUCCCAUUGCUGCUGUCUCCAUCGCCACACUCU